UACAGGGGGAGGUACUUUUCGCAGUACAAUUCUGCCCAUGUAGGACAGCAGACCCUUUGUUACAUCCAUUAGUAGUGACAAAUGCCAUGCAUACCGUCCCACACAGUAGACUGGCAAUUACACCAGUUAGGUCAGUGAGUCUAUCCUCAAUGCUUGAGCGGAAAAGAAUUUCAAAAUCCCAGCCCCCCCCUGAUCAACAUCCUCCGUCGGUGGACGCCGCUUUCCUUGUUUCCGUCGCUGCCAUUGACCGUUCCGCUGGAUACGUUACGGAGACGCCCCAUUUUUCCUUGUCCACAACAAGCGCACGCCAAACAAACCCACUAUCAAAAAGGGUCCUAUUCCUCUACAGGAUAUGAUAGACGUCUGCUCAGGUCGCGAUUCUCACCUAUGGGGUACAAAGUUCAAGGGCACCAGCUAUCAAGGGUCCCCGAUCCGCUUCAACCACGUACACCCGACCUUUCCUGUCCAUGAACCUUUGCUCGUCAUGUUCGACGGAGUUGGUGCCGGACUUCCGCCAGUAUAUCAUUUCUUCAAGAAGAACGGUCCCAAACCGCGGGGCUCAGCCUUGAACUUUGAACCGGCGAUGUAUCAAGCUCGGAGCCUCCGUGGCAACUUGGGAUAUCAACUCCCAUCGGCCUCCGCGGAGUAUAGCUUCCAUAAACUUCUUAAGCAACGCAACCAUUCCACCCUCGAAGUACAACUACACACUAGGAAUAUGUACGAAGCUUUUAACCACAGAACUCAAUUCAAACAAUGCUUUGAGCUUGACCCAUAUAGUUUCACCGUAGACGCGUUAGUGUGGGUGUGUUAAAAUGAGGUGAUAUCCCGCCAUCGUAAAUGUGGAUUAUGAUAUCUUUCUAGUUCCAUUUAGGUCCGUUGGUUUUAAUGCUGGCCCUUGGUAUCACUUGACCAGUUACUGCUCUCUCCUGAGCACCGUGGACACAGCCUCAUGUGCUGUUUGGUUUACGCGUCACGGAACGAUAUAUUUGCAGUCAUGGCCGUGUGUGUGCUCACCAUCCAAGAAUGAUAUAUAUUUACAUAGGUUAUCCACAUUUAGGC